UGCUACAGGUCAAAAGGUCAAGCCGUCAGCUGAGGCGCGACACGAGACUAAACACACUUCCACGCGACAUUUGCUGUCCCAAUUUUCGCCUUUCUAAGCCUAAAAAUGGCGCAGGGAGACCCCAGAAAGUGGAACAUGCCCGGUUGGAGGAUAGAGCAACGUUACGCCAACAGAGUUCUCAUCGGAAACUGGUCAGAAGAGAGAUAUCAGUUUGAGAAGGGGCGUUACCGACACACCAGCACACACAGGCUGGACUUUAGGGACUGGAAGGGCCACAAACCUGACAUCACCAUCCGCAGGGCAGCGCUACAGAGGAACGAGGGCCUUCCCAAGUCGCUAGUGUUUGACCACCAUGGCAAGCACUACUCCAACAACAUGAUCUCAUGGUACGACCAGCAGUUUAACAAGCGUGAGCUGGACGAGGGAACGCUGCCCAAACUCCGCAGCUGGGACUCCCACAGACUCGCCUGGGCUCCGGAGAAGUCUGACUACCCCCUACAAGGUAACUCCACUAACUGGGGCCUGUACCCGAAGCUGCAGGAGAAGUGGAGGAAACAGAACGAGACUCUGACAGGAGAGUACAACACCAUCUAUAACUCCUCCUGGGUACAACAUCCCACUGAGGCCAUGUCAUUCCGCAAGUACGCCACUCCCAAACCCAUCUCCAGUCACCUUCACCAGCCGAACAAGGUCAACAAGGACCUGACACUACGCAGUGUAUCGUUGUUACGGAACGGAGCCGCGCCGCCAGAGUCAGCCGCCAUGACGGGUUACAUCAAACCGAUGGCUCAGCCCGCAGGCUUGCAAUUGGCAGUCGGAUCAGCGAUGGGAGACGCAAAAAUGGAGCGAGUCGCAACCGUAGCAUAAACAAUGACUCAUUAUGUUUAACAGAUCAGAUUAUAAAGUUUUUAACCGUACAAUAUGACUCAUAACGUUGAUUUUAACUCUAGAAAAACAACAGGUAUCCACAUAUUUGAAUGAUUCUAAGCUCAUCUGUGUUGGUAAAACCCAUAAUAGAAAGAUUAAACUUUCCUCCAACAA